AUGCCCCGCAAGCAGGCAAGUAAGAAGGCUGCCAAUGGGCGAGGAAACGAUGGAAGUGCGCUCACCCUGGCGAAAGCCUCACUGCCCAAGCCAGAGGCCGUCAGGCGCCAACGCCAAAAGCAAGCGGCGGGGAUCGAGUCGCGCUUCUCGAAGCUCAAUGGCCAAGCACUCGAGAACAUGAAUCUCAUUGCCACAUAUACGCCUCUGCAGAGGCCCAUCGAUGCGGAUCGAGUCGCUACUAUGACGCAGCAGAGGAUUGAUGGCAGCGACGGCGAUGAUCAAGAGGCAGCAUGGACCUUGCCGAAAAAGCCACGCUGGAGGCAUGAUAUGGAGAAGAAGGAGGUUCAAAGCAAUGAGGAAUCCGUAUUCGCCAACUGGCUCGAGGACAUCGACGAGCGUCAAUCAGCGCGCAGUCACCUCGGCGCUGACAAUCAACGCCUCUUCACCGAGGCCAUUCCCGUACCUCAGCUACCCAAGCCACGCCCAACGCAAACGCUCCUGCCGAGCCUCUUUGAGCGCAACGUCGCAGUCUAUCGCCAGCUCUGGCGCGUCAUGGACCGCUCGCAGAUCCUCCUCGUCCUAGCAGAUUGCCGUUGCCCCUUGCUACAUUUGCCCAACAGCUUGGUCGGGUACCUUCGGCGCUUCGCAAGGCGGCGAGUGGUCGUGGUGCUGACAAAGAAGGACGUUGUAGGUCAAGAAGUGGCGCAACAGUGGAAGCAAUGGCUCGAGGAGAGAUUCAAGGAGCAAGAGCUGGGCUGGAGCGUCGUAUGUACGGAGAGCUACGCAAAGAAGGAGAGGUUAGAGGGCCAAGGGUCGAGGUCACGCAUUGUGCCAUACCUCUCGCCGACAUCCCGUAGGGAACUCGUCGAGGCCAUCGCAAACGUACACGCAGGCCUCGUUACACCUCCAGCCUCAGUGCAGUGCGACCCCCAAAGACUCAAGGAGUGGCAGCCGUCGUGCAAUGAUACGAUAGACUGGGCAGCGAUCAUCGCCGCCGCCGACGACGCAGCAGCUGCUGAAACGUCACAAGCCACAUCGAGCUCUUCAUCAUCAUCCUUCCCACCAUUGACACUCGGACUCAUCGGACAACCCAAUGUCGGCAAAUCCUCCCUCCUCAACGCGCUCCUAGGCCGAAAAGUAGUCCACGCCUCUCGCACACCAGGCAAGACCAAGACGUUCCAAACACAUCGGCUCCCUACUUCUAACCCCGGCUCCGUCGUCGAGCUAUGUGACUGCCCUGGCCUCGUCUUCCCCUCCUCUGCAGGGCAAGAGCUGCAGACAAUGGGCGCCAUUCUACCCAUCAGUCAGACGCAGGCCGUCUUGCAGGCCGUACGCUUCGUGGCCGAGCAGAUACCACUGGAAGAGGUUUUCGGGCUGGAGAUGCCUGCCAACGAGGAAGAGGCGACGGGGCCUGAAGCCAGGGUGUGGACAGCUACUACCAUUCUGGAAGCCAUCUGCGCUAGGCAUGGCUAUCGGACGGCAAAGGCAGGCAGGUACGACGUCAACCGUGCUGGGAAUCUGGUACUGCGCAUAGUGGCGGAGGGAAGAAGAGUGAGGUGGGCCUUUCGACCUCCGGGCUGGAAGGCGGAGGAGGGGAGUACAGGAGAUGGCGUCUGGCUGAGAGACGGCACGGAUGAAGCUGCUGUCCUUCAAUCGAAUGAGCGCCAGACGUCGCUGCUCUCGUUGGAUGAAAGCGACGAUGACGAUGAUGAAGACGAUUGGCAGCAAGAGAAGAUCAAGGGCGAGCAGCGUCGCGCUUCAAAGAGCGUACAGUUCAGCGACGACGUCGAGGGAGGCUUGUCAGAUGAGUCGAGUGAGGGAAGCGAAGAUGAACAAGAUUCAGAAGAAGGAGAAGCGCAGACUACGAAGGUGAAGAGCAUGUUUGAUGCUCUGGCCGUCGAAGACGGGGAUGAGCGCGAAACAGAGUCAGACGAGGACGAGAGCGAUAAGGAGUAG